AUAUAGUAUAGAUUCACAACUUGAACUACUGAUAAUCCAGAAUUUAAAAAUAAAAAUCCCAUUCCCAAUCAAAAUUCCUAUCCGAUAAGUUUUGGGUAUUCCCCAUUCCCAAAUUGUUUUAAUGUUGCUGUUGAUGACUUCCACGUGGCAUCUCUUAAUUUUUAAGAGAUCUUACAAACCCAUGAAAGUCUCUUGAUCCGAGUUCAUAACGGAUUAACUCUUUUAUCAAUCGAAUCCCUAAUAUACCGAGUUUUUGUCAAUCAAGGGUUUUGUUUUUUACAAUCGCUUCGCUUAUAAGUCUCCUUCUAUAUACUAAGGUCUUCCUAUACAAUUAUUUUUGUUGCCGGCUUUGGUUUGGCUAUUACCUAUCCGGCCACAGAGUCCAGAGUCAUCUUUCUUUUUAGUAUUUUUCCAUGGAUUCGGAGGAUGAUAUGUUCCCUGUGAUCGACGCCAAAUCUCUCAGCGAUGACUCCAACGGCAACAACAUCGGCGGCUGCGGUGACGACACCGACAAUUACGACACCGAUGACAACUCGGCCAGUUGCGAUCAGCAACCCUAUAAAGUCCUGAACGAAGACGAUAUACGCCAGCGUCAAGAUGAUGAUAUUGUAAGUAUUUCUCUUGUUCUUUCUGUAACAAGAACAGCUUCAUCCAUACUAUUGCGUCACUAUAACUGGAGUGUGAGUGCCGUGCACGAGGCAUGGUUUGCUGAUGAAGAUGGCGUCCGCGAAGCUGUUG